AUGCCGCUGGUCAAACGAAAGCCAGUCGAGCCCUUCCCACCGCCAACCGCCACGGGCUCUGAAGAUCCUGAUGUCUUUUUUCUCGCGGCCACCGGCGAGGUCUUCGCCGAUUUCGAGACAUACUCGAACCGGCUAAGCUUCUACAACCAGAAGGUCUUCCAGUGCGAGCUCACCGGUAAGAUCAACCUCACCUACUUUGAGGCUCUCAAGAGCGAACGCAAAGAGGCCAUCGCCCUCCACAAGAUCUUUCCAGAGCAGCUCAAGGGUCCCGUGCUCAAGGCGGUCCAGUUCCAGAUCACUGGCCGUAUCGAUGAGCUCGUCGACCGCGUUUACGAUCGCUUCAAGGACCGUUUCUUCCCCGGUGAGACCGUCUACUUUGACCUCGAUGGCGACAAAUACUUUGCUCGCAUGACAAAGGUCGAUGCUCCCAUCAAGCAGGCUCCCCUCGCGAAUGGUGACGCUGUCGACAUCGACGUCAAGCUCGAGCCCAAUGGUCAUGCAGAAUCAUCCACUUCAACUCCGCGAGCCUCGCCAUCGCCGUCGCCAUCACCAAUUCACACAGUUGGUACCAACUUGACGCUCGAGCUCGAUGAAGCAAACCGCCUCGACGAUCCGGCUCAAUACGUCUACACCGUCGAUCUUAUCGACGACGAAGAUGAGCCUACCGGCGGAACACACAUUACCUCGUCCGAGAAGCUGAGCCGCGACCGCCUCGCCUUCUCCAAGACUAUUCUUCGCAAAUAUCUUCGCGAUUGCAUUGUUCGUGCGGCCAAUAUCGGAGCAGAAUGGAGGGUCAAGGAAUGGCUCGCUCUCAAGUAUGGCAUUCCGCUCGAGCCUACCGACGAAAUCAUGGAGAAGAACGAGGCGCUCAAGGACGCCAAGCUCUCCAAGCGCAAGAAGUACCUCCUCGCAGACGGAGAUGAUUCCCCCGGCUCGGCCAGCAAGAAGAUAAAGUCGGACGGUAAGAAGCUCAGCGCUUCCGCACAGCGCAAGGCGGACGAGGCCGAGAAGGCCGCCAUCGAAAAAGCAAAAGAGGAGGAGAGGCUUCGCAAGAAGAAUCUCAAGUAUCCCAUCGAAGAUCUCGAGCUUGACCCCAUUACCAAGCGUGAGCUCAUGUUCAAGAUGCCCAAUGAGCUCGAGCGGCGCAAAGAGCGACCGCUGCCAGCACGCGGCGAGCAUGCGCUUCCAGUGCCCAAGGAGCUGUUCGAGGCCUUCCUCGGCACCUACUACUUCCUCAUAUCCAAAGGCAAGCCACUGCUCCUCUCACCUUUCACCAUGGACGACUACGAGCAGGCGCUCCGACACAGUCUGUCAGACCCAUCUUGUACUCUGAUCAACGAGAUCCAUCGUACGCUGAUCAACCUCAUCGUUCGCGACGGCGGCUCCAAUCUCAUGGCUCAGGGCUCUGCUCUCGUCGCCAGCCUUGACGCAGCUACAUCAGCACCCGCCAGCAUCGACGGCGAUGCGGAAGAUGAAGCAGCAAGCGAAGCCGGCUCUGACAUUGACGAACUCGACCCCACACCCAGUGGCCCCCAGGCGAAUGGCAAUGGCCACCGUAGCAGCGGCCACAGUGCUGAGGCCGAAGCCAUCGCUGGUCUUCUGGAUGCUGCUCACGAGCUGAGCAAGGGAUGGGAGAAGCUCACCAUUCGCGCCGACAACCGCCGCGAGCGAUGGGAAAACAGUCUGGUCGGUCUAAUCGCCGCUCGUGCUACACCUGAUAUCCUUCCGCGCAUGAUUGGCAUCCUUUCCCAUCUCACCGCCGUAGAACACGCAGACGGUUACAUCGACGGCAAAUUCGAAGCCGAACUCUACGACACGCCAUCGCAGAGGUAUCCGCUCUUGCCCUUGGCCGACAAGCUGCAGAUCAUCGACUUUUUGUGCAUCUUGGCUGUCGAGACGAAACCCGUCAAGGCGUUUUACGACGAAUGCGAGGCCCAACUCACCGAGCUCAGGAAAGAAAAGAUCGAAGUGAGUAGGGCCAGGAAGGAGCUAGCCACGGCGUGGGAAGAGUUCGAAGGCAGCAAGAAGGAGGAGGAAGGAGAAGAGGCCGAGGGUGAAGCUGAGGAAGGAGAAGGCGAAGAAGAUGAUAACGAAGAGGAGAAUGAGGACGAGGAAGAGGAAGAGGAGGAGGAAGAAGACGAGCUGGCUUCCGACUCGGACACGCGCUCCCUGCGCGAAGACUCGUCCUUCUCCGACAGCGGCCGCAAUGUACGCGGCGGUGCAUCGCGUCAAGAGAUCCUCCGCCAGAAAGCCAUCGAGAAGCAAGCGCACGAGGCCGCACGUCGCGUCGAAGAAGCCAAAGCACGCGAAGCGCACAAAGCCAAGCUCGCCGAGAACAAGAUCCUCACAGCGCAGCGCAAGAAGCUCGAAGACGCGGAACAAAAGCUCGCGCGUCAAGACGAGACGAUCGACCGCGAGUUCCGACGGCUCAUCCUCGCCUCGCGCAUGACGCCGCUGGGUCGGGAUCGGUUCGGCGACAAGUACUGGUGGUUCGACGGCGUCGGUUCCUGCUCGAUCUUGACCGGAUCCGAAAAGCACACCUACCAGACCGGACGGCUGUUCAUUCAAGGAGCAUCGCUCGACGAAGUAUCGCUCCUCAUACCGGACGAACCCGCCACGCCCGCCUCGACCUCGCCAUAUGCGCACCUUUUCCACCCGCCCAUCACCGCCUCGCUCCUCGCCACGCGCCGCACCUCCGAACUUGGCGGACCCGACGGAACGCUCGACCCGAACGAAUGGGCCGUGUACAGCGACGCAGACCGCAUCGAACAGUUCUACGCCUGGCUGCGUCCCAAGGGUCACCGCGAACACCACCUCAAGCAGCAACUCGGUCGUCUCAAGUGGUACAUCGAGAAUGGCAUGCGCAAACGAAACGCAGACCUCACCAGUCAUCUGCGCGACCUACCGGAUGCUGUGAGGAGGAGCGCGCGAGCCGGCAAGGAGAACGGCGGUGUCAAUGCGGCUAGGUUGGGCUACAUGGCGUGGAAGAAUACGUUGGAUAAGGUCAAGUGA